CCGGGGCUCUGUCGGCGCUCGCGAACUUUCUGUAGCUCGGGGACAGGGAAUUUUUGGAAGGAAAAAGUAAACCCCAUCUGUCCGACUCUGAUUGGCUGAGGUUUCGACAAUCCCACGUCUCUGUGCUGUGAUUGGCUUUAGGCCCGGAAGUAGGGCGUGUCCUUUUGCGCUCUCUUUCUCUCUCUGUCUGUGUAUUUUUCUCCAACACUUCCGUAGGAGUUUAAUCUUCUUUUUCGUCGAACAGCGAGAACCGAACUGAACCGAACUGGACCGCGCGUGAAGCCUCAGUGUGCGCGUGAGUGUGUUGGUCUCUGUGUGUGUGUGUGUGUGUGUGAGAGAGAAGAUGGAGGUCCGGUUCCUCCCGGUGUUCAUCUUUCUGCUGCUGCAGUCGGUGACGGAGGGAGCUCGAGCUAAAACAGAUGAUCUGUUGGUGAUCACAGCUGCAACUGAAGAAACAGACGGCUUUAAGAGAUUUAUGAGAACGGCACGAGAAUUCAACUACACUGUGAAGGUGCUGGGUCUGGGUGAAGAAUGGAGAGGAGGUGAUGUUGCUAAAACUGUUGGAGGAGGACAGAAGGUUCGCUGGCUGAAGAAGGAAAUGCAGAAAUACAAAGAUAAACAGGACAUGGUCAUCCUCUUUGUGGACAGUUAUGAUGUCAUCCUGGCGUCUGGUCCUGACGAGCUGCUGAUGAAGUUUUCUCGUUUUAACCAUCGUGUUGUUUUCUCUGCUGAGGGAUUCUGCUGGCCUGAUCAGCGUCUUGCUUCCAAAUAUCCUGCAGUACACACCGGCAAACGCUACCUCAACUCCGGAGGUUUUAUUGGUUAUGCUCCAGCGAUCUACGCUAUAGUUCAGCAGUGGAAACACAGAGAUAACGAUGAUGACCAGCUCUACUACACACGCAUCUACCUGGACAAGGAGCAGAGGGUGCGUGUGCAUACGAAGUUUAACAUGACAUUGGAUCAUAAGUCACGGAUUUUCCAGAAUCUUAACGGUGCCAUUGAGGAAGUCGUUUUGAAGUUUGAGAAAUCUCGAGUUAGAGCUCGAAAUGUCGCUUAUGACACCCUUCCUGUUGUUAUCCAUGGCAACGGCCCGACUAAGCUCCAGUUGAAUUAUCUGGGUAAUUACGUGCCGACAGCGUGGACGUAUGAGCGAGGAUGUGGUGUGUGUGAUGAUGACCUGCUGUACUUUAAUGACGUGCCGGAUGAAGAGAUGCCACAGGUUCUCAUUGCUGUGUUUAUCGAACAGCCGACGCCAUUUAUUGAGGAAUUUCUGGAGCGGUUGACAACAAUGAACUACCCACACACACGCCUAAGACUGUUCAUACACAAUAACGUGGUGUAUCAUGAGCAGCAUGUGCAGCGGUUCUGGAAUCAACAUCGUUCUCUGUUCCCUAACGCUCGUAUUGUUGGACCUGAAGAGAACCUACAGCACGACCAGGCCAGAACCAUGGCAGUGGAGGUGUGUAAGAGUGAUCCUGCCUGUGAUUACUACUUCAGCAUUGACAGUGAUGUGGCUUUGAUCAACCCAGACAUUCUGCGCAUCCUCAUCGAAGAGAACAAGCCCGUUAUUGCCCCGAUGCUGUCUCGUCAUGGUAAACUCUGGUCUAAUUUUUGGGGAGCUCUGAGUCCUGAAGGUUUUUAUUCCCGCUCUGAAGAUUACAUCGACAUCGUACAGGGAAAAAGAGUUGGAGUGUGGAAUGUUCCGUAUAUAACUCAGGUAUAUUUGAUACGCGGUGAAGUUCUUCGUACUCGUCUUUCCCACGUGUCUCUCUACCAGGAGGAUGGUUUGGACCCAGACAUGGUGUUCUGCAGAGCAGUUCGGGACCAGGGUGUGUUUAUGUUCGUGUCCAAUAGGGAUGAGUUCGGCCGAUUGAUCUCCACCAGCAACUACAACAUCAGCAGACUGCAUCCAGAUAUGUGGCAGAUAUUUGACAACCCCAUGGACUGGAAGGAGAAGUACGUUCAUGAGGAUUACUCUCAGAUCUUUGAGGAUGGCGUGGAUGUGGUGGAACAGCCGUGUCCAGAUGUUUACUGGUUUCCUGCAUUUUCAGACAAGAUGUGUGACGAUCUCAUCGAGACCAUGGAGCACUUCGGCCAGUGGUCCGGGGGCGGACAUGAGGAUGAGAGGUUAUCAGGUGGAUAUGAAAACGUUCCCACUGUUGAUAUUCACAUGAAUCAGAUUCAGUUUGAGAAAGAAUGGCUCAAAUUCCUGAAGGAUUACAUCGUUCCUGUAACUGAGAAACUUUACCCAGGAUAUUAUGCAAAGGCUAAAGCUGUGAUGAAUUUUGUGGUUCGUUAUCGUCCUGAUGAACAACCUUCACUCCGCCCACAUCACGACUCAUCAACUUUCACCAUCAACAUUGCCCUGAACAGCAAGGGGAAAGACUACGAGGGAGGGGGCUGCAGGUUCCUGCGUUAUGACUGCAGAAUUGAAGCUCCGAGAAAAGGCUGGUCUUUAAUGCACCCGGGACGUUUAACACACUACCACGAGGGUCUGCCUACAACCAAGGGCACUCGAUAUAUCAUGGUCUCAUUUGUAGAUCCCUAACAGUCUGUGUGUGUGUGUGUGUGUGUGUGUGUGUGUGUGUGUGUGUGUGUUCACUGUGAUUAAACACUUAUCAAAACAGAGGUGUCUCUCCUGGUAUACUGAGGCUGUGUCUGUGUUUGCCUUGAAAACUCAAUGGCAAUAAUUUUAUAAAACCUUAUAUUGAGUACAAAAUGAAAAAUUUCUUUUUUUAAUUUUAAUGCAACAUUUUUACCUCUUGUGGCCUUUUAUUUUAUACAAAGCCAAAUAAAGUUUUUCAACUGUUGAAUAGUUUUGUGUAAAACAGUUUGCUAUCAACUUUGUACAAAGUGCUUUAAAUUAUUUGAUUAUGUACAUGAUAAAUAAAAGCUGAGUAGAGUAAAGUGAGUUUUCCAUGUUUGUUUUAACAAAGAGAAACACGCAUCCUUCACACAAUAGCAGCUCAGUUCAUGUGCCAUGUUAAUGCCUCACUGUGACAAUAUCAUAACCUGCUGCGUUAAAAAAUCUCUUCAGCAGAGCGUCUGUUGAAGUGAGGCUCUGGUCCUCUGUUGGUGAAGGGAGUGAUUGUUCAGUCUUAUUGUUCCCUCUGGCUUGAUUUUAACACCUCCAUGUCAUUAAUUGAAGCGGUUCUCAUGAGCUCCAGUCUGAGCUUUAUGAACAAUUCUUUGCUGGUUCUCUAAGCAAGAUGAUUAUACACCAAUGCCCAGCUUAAACAUGCAAAUAUAAAUGUAAAUACAGUGUGUGAGGAGUAUUAUGAGAGUGAGGAGUGUAUAGCGAGUGGGUACAGUGUGUGUAGCACGUAGUGUGCAUGUGUAGUGUGCAAUUAGAGGUUUUAUUUGUUUAUGGUUGGAGCUCUUUCUGCUCUGUUCUUCUGGACUUUGGAGCCAUAAACAGGUGAAUAAUUAAUGCAGUGCUGUGUCAGUCAGCAGAAUUCACAGUGUGUGUGUGUGUGUGUGUUUGAUUCGUGAGUGUUGAGCAGGAUGGUCAGUUGGUAUUGAUCAGUCAUCAAGCAUCAGCAGUGACUGUAUGAAUGUAAUGGAAGAAAUAAAGUCUGCUCCUCCUCAGUCUCCACCCACAACUCCAUCUUCAAAAGCACCAGCAUCUCCAAACCAGGCCAUGGGUUUGGGAAGUCCUGAGUUACUAAAGGAGUUGAAGCAGCCACACACACUGAAACCUGUUCACACACACACUGGUCUCACUACGGUGUUCUGUGGCCGUGGACGAAUUAAUGCUGCACCAGCCAACCAAUCACAGACUCCGCCUCCAUCUGACUCCACCAAUCCGCACACAGCAAAGGGGCACCGACUGUCCAGUGGCACACAGAAUUAAGGCUGUCAUUGUUCUGCCCCUCUCCUGUCUGGAAUUUGUAACAUGGGCGUGUCCUGUUGAGUAUAUUUAGAGAUGGCACUGAGCACUGCAUUCUGCAGACCUCAAUCAUCGUAACACAACUGUAUUAUGUGUGUGUGUUCUCACUAUAGUGUAGUAACAGCUGUGUAUGUGUAUGUUAUGUAUGAUGUGUUCCCUUAGCAAGAUGUAGUGUGUGUGUGUGUACAUAGCUUUCGUUAGGCUAAUGUGCGUAGAUGAAUGUGUGCUCUGCUGUUAUUGUUCAAAUAAAAUCUCAUAAACUACA